AUGUCUGUUGAGGAAGUUGAUACAUUACUUCAAGGUGUUGUUACGUGCGGGACUAACGCUGAUGAAGUGGCGCUUGAAAAGCUUCGCGAAAUCCCUCUUCUGCAAUUAUCGCGCAUGAUGGGUAAAUACCUCACAGGAGAAGAGCACGUUGUAAAUGCAGUCCGUGUUCUGGGGCUUGCUACAGUGAAUCGGCGCGACCGCACAAUUGAAGAGGUCGAUGUUAUGCUGAGGUUUUUCUCCAGAAAGCUCUCUUCAAUGCAAACGAUCGCGGUUGCUGUGGAAUCUACGGCCCUUCUUGUCAGAGAGCUGUCAUCAGAGGGGCCAUGUACCAGUGACGUUUUCAACGUUUUACACACUGAGUUUUUGCAGAGCUUCAGUUUGCAAGCCCUCCCGACCAACGUCCGGAGUUGGGGGUACGACGUUCUUCGCUUUACUGUUACAAAAGAGACCGCAACGUGGUUCACCACCCCCUUUCUUCAAGUUGUCCUAAAAUCUAUGGAUGAGGAAAAUGAACCGGAGUUACUAAUGCGUGCGCUUGAGUUACAUCACAUAAUUGCCUCUUAUGCGAGAGAAGAUGCCAUGCAACCCUUGCUGGAGGAGUAUUUUGACAGUAUUUCUAGUUAUUUCCCGGUGGUAUUUUCACAACCACCCGGAUGUAAGGUGUCGAAAGAGGAUUUGCGGCGUGUCCUGUCGGCAUGCAUGACGCAUCCCUUGUAUUUGAACAUUUGUGUCCCAUUUCUGUUGUCAAGAAUGGCGUCCCCAUCCUCUGUUGUUAAGCAGGAAUCCACGAAUGCGCUUUUAAACAUUUUCUCGUUGGAUUCGAGUCACACCACCGAGAGUUUGUGCCCGCAUGUGGUUUCUGUGACAAAUCACAUAAGGAACGAAGUCGUCCGAGCAGUAUCACUCGGGUCUGGGGAAUGUGAGCCGUACGUUAAGGACUGCGUACACGUAUUGAAGUUCAUCUCCAAAAGAGCGCAGGAUGUUUCGUUAUCAAUCGUCCGCUCGUGGCUAGAGCCAAUGACGAGUGGCGCACUGGCUAGUUUGAGGUCGGGACCAGCUGUGUGUUCCGCCUAUGCAACUAUGUUCUAUCACCUUGUCAGCAGUAGCACAUGCUGCGGUGCGGCCACUGUGCAGUGCUUUUUGCUGCAGCUACUGUCGAAUACGCGGGAGGAUAGUUUUGAAGUCGACGAUGCGGUCCUCAUCAUUUCCGCCAUACUUAGUGGGAUUUUCGAUGCGGGUAAUGGUGGCGAAUGUGGAAAGAGGCCGCCCCCACAGCGUGAUGUUAAAGAAGGUCUCGAAACCGUGAGUGAGAAAUUGUUUCAACUUGUGGAGAAGUUGACCUUGUCACUGCAAAAGGCUGACGCAUCUUCUGUGCAUGUAAGGUGCGAGUUGCUUGCAUCGCUGGUUACCCUUGCAGCAUGGCUUCCACACUGGAUGCCCGAUGACACAGUUCUACUCAUCUACAAGAGACUUAUAGCACUUUGUCUCUGUGGAGAUGAGGAAGUCGGCAACAGGGUUGUGAAGCAUAUCUCACGCAUUGGCUCUGUCGAGGGAAAUUUACUGAAUGUUGCGCUGUUGGACAUGCCUGCUGACAUAAAUCCCACAGCAGCCGGUAUUCUUACACUCUACAAAGGCUUGUUAGGGUCGCAGGCCUCUUUAUCACUAGCUGCCACAAAAUCACUGUUAGAAUGUCCAGAAGGUUUGUUCGGAUUUACCCUUACCGAAAGGGAUGUUUUUUCCUUGUGUCGCUCCAGUCUCUCUGCGCACGCGGACUACUCUACCGAAGAUAUUCGUUGCCUUCUGCUUUUGACCAAAAAGAGGAAUUCUGUGGCAAGCUUUGACUAUCUGUGCGAUUUGCUCCUGCUGCUUCCCAUUGCUUUCGUUCCAUCUGUGCUUCAGGAGGUGGGGGGAGAGCAAUGGGGUGUAUUGACAGCUUCUCUAGUUUCAUGUUUUGACAUGGAUGUCCUGGGUGCUUCGGAUCACAUAGAACAUUGGAUGUGCGAAGUUUUGGAUGCAAUGCGCAGCACACCGACAGAUGUAUUAACAAUGCAGAGUGUGUCAUUACUGUGUGCGCGGGUGCCCGGUGUCGCAGGUCGCUUUCUCGAAGCAGCGAAGCGGUUGAACCCAACCACGCAGCUCGCGGCGCGGGCAGCUGUUGCUCGUGGCCUGCUUGCUUGUGGUGUGGCAGAAGGCGGGAUUAUUGAACUAAUCAUCGAAGAAAUUACCAACUCCCUUCGCAGUGGAUACGUACAGGAUUGUUACGUUGAUAUACUGACGGGAGUGUUCGUGUUCUGUUAUCAAGGGUGCAGAAAAACCACGACCCUCAUUUUGCCUCUGGUGCAUGCUGCCACGAGGGGCAGCAAACCCGUUUCACUCGAGUUGCUGAGAGUUGUUGCAAAACUCCUCCAGGAUGUGUCACCCACUUGUGGGUUGGAGUGGGGUGACAUCGUCGAAUUUUCCCGAAGAGUGUCGAAGCCACUGAAUGAAGAGUUUGUCAACGAGCUUGUGGAGCUGCUCGACCUUGCUUUGUCUCAGAUGGACCCGAAGAAUGUGUUGGUAGAGGCACUUUUAGGAACCGACGACCUUCUGCCACUGGUGCUGAGUGGUGUUAGAUCACCAUUACUUAAGGUGCGGUGUACCUCGCUGCGUCUAUUGAGUGAGGCAGCCUUGUUUGUCAUGCAGUUUUCAUCAGAGAAUGGUGACAGCGGCAACUCCUACAUGAGCAGCGCGUUGCAGGUAAGAGACGAAGUUCUUCAUGUGUCUCAGGUGGCAUUGAAUGAUCACAAGCGGAUGGUACGACGUAGUGCCGCUCAGUGCCGGCAUCAGUGGUAUAAAUUAAAGUAG